GGAGGCUGUGAGCUGAGUCAGGACGUCUAAAGCAGGUCACAUCUAAAUAUAACCCAGACUGCUCAGGACCCUGCAAAACAAACACACGCACACACACAGAGGUUGCGAGCUGAAGCUCCCAAAGGCAAGGAUUCAGACCAACAGAUCAGCGGUAGAAGAAGACGCGCGCAUCCAGGCCCGUGUUUUGUAAGUCGAUAUAGAAAUGGAUGCCGCUGAGCAGGAAGGAAUAGACGAGGAGCUGGUUGAGUUCGUUCUGAGAGAGAGCCUUGAAGACGCCUACAAGCCGCCGUCAAGACAGCCCGACAGAAAAGCGUCAAACAGUGAUGACGUCAUGAAGAUAAUUGCUGCCAUUCACGAAGGUGAUGUGGCGGCUCUGCGGGAUCUGUCGUCUCGUGCGUCCGCCUUCAGAGACGCCGACGGCCGCGGGCGGCUGCCUCUGCACGCAGCGGCCGCGCAGCCGCGGCGGGACGUCCUGCACGCGGUGCUGCAAGCGCUGGCGGCCGCGGACGCGUCGCUGGAGGAGCCGACGGAGGACGGGGACACGGCGCUGACCCUGGCGGCGGACGCCGGCCUGCCGGAGCACGUGAGGGCGCUGCUGCAGCACGGGGCCUCGCCGCACAGCACCAACGGCAGGAACGAGUCGCCGCUGCUCCUCGCCGUGCGGCAGCGCUCGUGCGACAUGGUCCUGGCCCUCAUCAGGGGCGGGGCCUUUGUGGAGCAGGUGUGUCUCACCAAGUGGACCGCCAUCCACGAAGCGGCGAAGACCGGCUGCCCUGCUGUCCUCAUGCUGCUGCUUCGACACGGAGCCAAGGUGACGGCCCGGGACGGACACGGGGUCACGCCCCUCGGGAUUGCAGCCGAGCACGGCAACACGGAAGCCUUGGACAUACUUAUACAGCACGGUGGCGACGUCAACGCCCAGGCCAGCAACGGCGACACGGUCCUGUACGACGCGUCUGGGUCCGGGAACCUGGACUGCGUGCGGCUGCUGCUGCGGCACGGCGCCAACCCAAACGUGGCCAGCUACGCCCACCAGCUGCCCGUCCACAGAGCCGCGUACGAGGGCCACGCACUAGUCCUGAGGACCCUCGUCCCCGUCACCACAAAGAGGGCCAUCCGCCUGUCGGGCCAGAGCCCCGUCCACUCGGCGGCAGACGGGGGACAGGUCCAGUGUCUGGAGCUGCUCAUCCAGAGAGGCUUCGACGUCAACGCGCUGCUGGGCGCUCACAUCUCUGGUACGGUUCGUUCAUACACCAAACGUCACCUCUGGAGAAGUACAAUGGGCUGGUCCGCUUGCAGAAAACUACGGGGACCUGAGGAAGUCCACCCUGUACUUUGCCGUCUGCAACGGCGACGUGACCUGUGCCGAGAGGCUGCUGGCGGCCGGGGCCAGAACGGACCUGGACCCCCUGCGGUGCAUCCUGGUGGCGAUACGGGCGGAGAGGUACGAGCUGGUGCGGCUGCUGCUGUCCCACGGGGCCGAGGUGAACUGCUACUUCCGGGUGGUGUGCGACACGGCGUUCCCCACGGCGCUGCAGUACUGCCUGAGGGACCCGCUCAUGCUGCGCCUGCUGCUCAACAGCGGAUACCAGGCGCACACGUGUUUCCAGUGUUGCCACGGCAACGAGGAGGCGACAGACCCCGCCUGGGCCGACCUCCAUCACCAGGCCUACGACGCCUACAGCCGACCCGACCCGGUCCCAGUAAGAGCCCGUCAUGUGGCAAAUGCCCCGCGCGCGAGGAGUCAUGGCCUCUUCGUGAAGCGCCCUCUCACCUUUUCCCCCAGUUCUGCGACUUCGUGUCCGUUUCCUGGCUCGCGCAUGUGGCGGGCGGCGUGGUGAGGACGCUGCUGGACUACGUCAGCCACGUCAGCAUCUGCCCCGGCCUCAGGCGCGUGCUGCAGAGGGCGCCGGAGUGGGAGGAGAUUUCGGAGCUCCUGAGCGGGCCGAGGUCCCUGCAGCACCUGUGCAGGCUGCUGAUCAGGCGUCACAUGAGCCUCCGGGUGCUGAAUGACCCCGCCGUCAUGGCCGCCGUCCCCUUCCCUCCGAGGCUCAAGAGCUACCUGACCUUCAGGGAGUUGGACCUCUCUGUGUGAACACGCUGUAUUUAUACGCUAGUGACUGAAACCUGCUGUGACCCACAACCUCCUGAUUGGGCAACAGCACCUUUGACUUCAGUGUAUAGUCUUCCAGGUUGUUUUCGUAAUAAAGAACCUGUUAUUUUCUGUAA